CAGCCGGCCACCGAGCCACUGCCCCUGAGCGCCACCAAAGUUGUCGUCCGGUUCCCGGACCCCAGGGCCAAUCUGAACGACGCCGUGCGCGUGGAAAACGAGGUGGCCGCCAUGGUCCUCGCUCACGACGCGCUCAAGCCGCUGGGGAGGUCCAUCGUUCCGGCCGUGUACGGCUGGAGCUCCGCUGCUGCCGGCGGGACGGGCUGGGUGCUGAUGGAGUGUAUGCCUGGCACUCGUCUUGACCUUGCGGGAUUCAAGAAGCUCGGCCGUGAUGCGAAGAAGGCCGUCUUGGGUGAGAUAGCUCGGGUUUUGCGUCUGCUGCAGCAGUACAAGCUUCCUGCUUCGGUGGAGGGAUAUGGAGGCCUGGGGUUCGCCGAGGACGGGACCAUUGCGGUCGGCCCAACGGCCAUCUACGGCGCUACGAAGCGCUGCGAGACCUAUCAUGAGCUGUACACCGAGUGCGUUUCCUCCCCGCUGUUUGUCAUUGUCAACUCAUCAUCAAAAGCAGCGGGCUGGAAAGACUCAGACCUGCGGACGCGGAUUGAUGAGUUUGUUGAGAGAGGGUUCAAGCCGUUACUUGAGCGGUCCGCGGACCUGAAGCCACGGCAGACGCUUGUCCAUGGAGAUUUUGGUGAGCUACCCGCAAACCAACAACACGGCAACAGCCCCAUCCGACUGUGUGCAAUGUUCUUGAUUGUUGGCGAACUGAAACUCCCUCAACAGAUCUACAUAAUCUCCCUUUUGACCCCGCCACAAAUCAGAUCACGGCGUUGCUGGACUGGGACUUCAGCCGUAGGUGAAGCCCGAGUCAUCCAUGACUCUUCCCCCCCUUCCCGAGAUGUAAUCGGGGCACAAGCUCACAGAAUCUCGGAGUAA